AGUCAUCUCUCACUUCCUUUGUAGUCCCCCACGUUAUCGAAAGACUGCGCACACCGUUUGCGCGCACUCGUGCGAACGCGCGCUCGGAGGCGGUCCGGCUCGGCACGCCACGGUUCUCCCAGUCUGAAAGGGGAAGGAGAGGCGGAGAGACACACGGAGAGAGAGAGAGAGAGAGAGAGAGAGAGAGAGAUACCCCCGCGGACGGAGCGCGCUACGCGGAUUACACUUUCGGGAGUUUCAUCACGUUUGCUCGACCGUCCCCUUCGAACCGUCCUUUUUCGGCAAGCGUAGCAAGCAUGUCCAGCGAGGUGCAGCCGAGGCCGGACGACAGCCCCAACACCAGCGGGGGCAGCUCGGACGCGGAGCAGAGAGAGGUGGCCCCUCCGGAGCAGCAGGGCCAGGAGCAGCGCGAGCAGACGCAGCCCAAGAAGAAGGAGGCUAAGAUAUCCAGCAAGACUGCUGCCAAGCUGUCUACCAGUGCCAAGAGGAUCCAGAAGGAGCUGGCGGAGAUCACCUUGGACCCGCCGCCCAACUGCAGUGCCGGCCCGAAAGGAGACAACAUCUACGAGUGGAGGUCCACCAUCUUGGGCCCCCCAGGCUCUGUGUAUGAAGGAGGGGUCUUUUUCCUGGACAUCGCCUUCACACCAGACUACCCCUUCAAACCACCCAAGGUGACCUUCCGUACGAGGAUCUACCACUGCAACAUCAACAGCCAGGGGGUGAUCUGCCUGGACAUCCUGAAGGACAACUGGAGCCCCGCCCUCACCAUUUCCAAAGUCCUGCUCUCCAUCUGCUCCCUGCUCACCGACUGCAACCCUGCGGACCCCCUGGUAGGGAGCAUCGCCACGCAGUACCUGACCAACAGAGCCGAGCACGACAGGAUAGCCAAGCAGUGGACCAAGCGCUACGCCACAUAGACCGCCCGACUUCCAUUCAGACCCCCCCACCCCCCCCCACACACACCCCACCUGUCGAAAUCUGUGGAAGCACACCGAGCCCCCGACCCCCCCCUCCGAAACCUUUCGUUCGUCCCCUCUGAAGAAAAAAAAAAAGAACUGUUGUUUGUUCCAUGCUGACUUGAAAGCUUCUUUUUUAUACAAAGAGUCUAUUGGGAUCCUAUUUUCCAAUACACUGAAUGUUGAUAUGGUCAUGAAAAGCUUUAAUACUGUUGUCGUUGUCGUUGAUGUUAUUAUUGUUAUGGCAUUGUUUAUAACUUUGUUACCAUCCUCAUCGUCUCCCUCUGCGUGUGCGUGUGGUAUUCCCGCUCAUGUGAUCCGUGGAAAAUGCGUCCGUCGUGACUGAGGGAGUGCAUCCUUUAUUGUUUUACAGCUCAUCUUCAAUAUUAGUGCAUGGCAGCAGAGUACGUGUUCAUGCGGCGUUUCUUCUUCAUGUUCUUCUUUCUGUCCUGGAUGGUGUCGACACGGAAGGACCCAAAGGACAAGUUCCGGCCUUUACAAGAUAUGAUCCGGUUCUGUGUGGCCUGGCCGGGCCUGCAGGUCACCACGUAUGAUGCUAGUGGUCAUUUGCUGUACAUUUGAUCCGGUUCUGUGUGGCCUGGCCGGGCCUGCAGGUCACCAUGUAUGAUGCUAGUGGUCAUGUGAUCCGGUUCUGUGUGGCCUGGCUGGGCCUGCAGGUCACCAUGUGUGAUGCUAGUGGUCAUGUGAUCCGGUUCUGUGUGGCCUGGCCAGGCCUGCAGGUCACCAUGUGUGACGCUAGUGGUCAUGUGAUCCGGUUCUGUGUGGCCUGGCUGGGCCUGCAGGUCACCAUGUGUGACGCUAGUGGUCAUGUGAUCCGGUUCUGCAUGGCCUGGCCGGGCCUGCAGGUCACCAUGUAUGAUGCUAGUGGUCAUGUGCUGUACAUUUGCAUUGUGAGAAAACAUACUCAUCCAAUACUAAAUUAAACACUGGCUGUAAUGUGA